AUGCCCCUCCUCACCAUGCACAGCCAGCAGAUCAGCUGGACUCCACUGCUGGUACUGGGGUACCUCUUCUACCUCCUCCUGGGUGCUAUGGUGUUCCAGCUUCUGGAGAAGCAGGCAGAAACACAUUUUCGGGACCAGUUCCAGCUGGAAAAGCUCAAGUUCCUGCAGAAUUACACAUGCUUGGACAGACAAGCCCUGGAGCAGUUUGUACAGGUCCUCAUGGAAGCAUGGGAAAAAGGAGUCAACCCAGAAGGAAACUCUACAAAUCCCAGUAACUGGGACUUCAGCAACUCCUUCUUUUUUGCAGGAACUGUUGUCACCACUAUAGGUUAUGGUAACCUGUCCCCCAGCACAGUGGCAGGGCAGAUCUUCUGUGUGUUUUAUGCCUUAUUUGGAGUGCCUCUCAACCUGGCCUUCCUUAAUCAGCUGGGGAAAGCUCUCAAUGCUCAUCUGCUUACCCUGGGAAGAUGGGUGCAAAAGCCAGGACGUGCCCAGGUGGUUCAAACACUAGCAGUGGCCAUCUUCCUGACCACUGGGACUUUGCUUUUCCUGGUGUUCCCACCAUUAGUGUUCAGUUACGUAGAAGGCUGGAGCUAUGGAGAAGGCUUUUACUUCACCUUCAUCACCCUGAGCACCAUUGGAUUUGGGGACUAUGUAGUAGGUACAAACCCCAACAAGCACUAUAUCCCUGUGUACAGGAGCCUAACUGCAAUAUGGAUUGUUUUUGGCUUGGCCUGGCUGGCUCUGGUCUUCAACGUGGGAGCUGACUUGAUGGAAAGAUACCUUCAGCUAAAGUGGCACAAGUCUGACUUAAGCUUGGCAGAAGGAGACACCACCAAACUGGAAGAUGAACCUGAGCAGCCUAGAAUCCAUAUCCCUAGCUGAGUAAGUGGGAUUCAGUUCUUAUGGUCACUCAUUUUCAAAA